GAACGCAUCUUGAAUGCAGAUGUUGCGGAGCUGCGAAGUUUAAAAACCUCCUGGAAGUCUGACAGUGAACGAGCCUUCGGGGGAGUUUUUUUUACAUCAGUCAUUGUGGAAGUAGGAGGAGGCGAGGCGAGGCGUCUCUGAGGUUCCUCCGGCAAGAUGGAGGCCUGUAUGAUGAAGCCAGAGGCCAAAAAGAAGCCAACACCGAUAAAAAGAAACGAGGCAGAGAGAGAAGUGAGGCCAACACCAUUGAUGCCUCCUCGACCUACAGAUGCUGAGCUGACUCACACACAGUACAGAAUGGAAAGAUCAGCAGCCUCACACAAUGAGCAGAAUGACAACAUCCAGCAAGGACACACAAAUCUAAAACCAUCUGAAACUCCUGUUGCCCCAUCGAGACUCACAGAAAAGGACCCAAAAGCAGCAACCAGACACAGCAAGCUCAGAGAGAAUUCCAGAGAAACUGAGCAACCAGAAGCUGCAGCAGAUGAAACGGAUUUCAAGCGGAGCAGUCAGUCGGGCCUGAUGGGAAUGCUUCGCCUUAGCCAGAAAGAGAAAAUGCCAGCUUUUACUAGCUACUUAACCGACAUCUUUGAUCAAGAGGAACAAACAGAUGACGUCCCAAUCAGACAGGCUUCCAGCAACAAACCAGCCAGUAAAGAACGGAGUCCAGAUCCCAGUGCAGAAAAAACCAGUUCAGAGAAGGAACAACUGGGAGAGACAAACAAAGAGCAACACAAUGCAGAGCAUAAACGGGACGAAGGAAGCCUACUAAAAACUGGAAUGUUUUGGAAAACACCCAAAGAAAGAUCCUCCUCUCCUGCUGUAAAGGUCAGUAAAGCAGACAGUGAUUCUGAAGAUGUGGAGAAAAAAGAAGAGAAAACAUCUGAACCAACCCAUGAAAAAGGUGGUUUCUGUUCUGGCAUCUUAAAGAUGUCCAACAAACCAGCAGAUGAGACCUUCACACAGGAAAAAGGAGGAAUUUUCAGCGGGAUAUUCAGGAAAUCACCGAAGCCAGCAGAAACUGAUCGGGACAAAGAUGUUCUGCAGUCAGAUUUGUCAGCCAACAGCGAGAAUCUACCUGAAAACACUAACGUCAAAGAAAAAGGAAAUAUGUUCAGUGGGAUGUUUAGAAGAUCUCCAAAACCAUCUGAAGGGUCGCAGUUGGAGGAGGAGAAUCUGGCAGCAGACAGAGAUGAUUCAGGGAGCAGCGACAGUCUGUCUGAGACUGGUAGCAGAAAGGGGAAAAAGAUACAAGAUGAUGAGAUGUCAAGCAGCGAAGGUCCAAAUGACAACUCCACCAAGGAAAAAGGACAAAUAUCUGGAGGAAUGCUCCAGAAAACUCCCAAAUCGAGGGGAGCUGCUCAAUCGGAGGAGGUUGCAGCUUCUGACCCUGAUGCCUCAGCCAGCACUGAGAAUGUAUCUGACAACACACAGGACAGAGAGACUCAGAGAGAGCUGUUAGAUAGCAGCGAAGACCGGGCUGAGAAUAACAAGGAAACAAACAUUUUCAGCAACAUGUUUAAGAAAACACAAAAGCCAGCAGCAGAGGGCUCUAAAACAGAGAUGGACAGGGACCCUGAAAGCCAGUUAUGGGCCAGCAGUGAGAACCUGACUGACACAACCAGCCCAAAGAAGAAAAAAGGUCUGGCUGAAAAAUUUAAAAGAUGGUCCAGCUUUGACAACCUGUUUGAUGAGGACAAAAAUAUUUUCAGCAGCACGUUUAAGAGAACUCCUAAGCCUGCAGAUGAGGGUUCGCCUGCGACAGGCUCAACGCUAUUUGGGAGCUCUGAAUAUCUGUUGGAGCCAAAAGCAACAAAGGAGAAAACAGGAGGACUAGCAGGAAUCUUUAAAAUGUCGCCCAAACCAUCUCCGCGCUCUGUUGUGACUCAGGAUCCCCUGAGCGACUCUAAGGAGCUGUCAGCCAGCUGGGACAGCCUCACAGAGGCCGGAAAGUUUGUCUCAGCCAGCAUAGAUAAUCUUUCUGAUAAUUCCAGUAGCACAAAGCAGGAGAAAAGAGUCGGGUUUUCCGGGAUGUUGAGACGGACACCUAAACAUUUGGAGCAGCAGGAAGGUGAAGACACUCCGCCACCUACAGGACGAGGGCUGAGUAGCAAAAGAACCAUAAAGAAGAAAAGAAGCGUUGUGUCGUUCCGAGUCAAGAAAACUCUUCCCAAAACGUCCAAAGAGAGAUCCAGUAAGAUGCUUCUGAUUGAGGAGAGCGUUGAGAUGGAAGACCUGAACACACUAGAGGAGAGCACGGUGUUGGUGGAGCCUGUGGAGAUGGUAGCAUAUCAGACUGAAGAAAACCCAGCCCAGGCUGAGCAGGAGAACAAUGAGCUGAUGGAGUGGUGGAACUCAGUGAAAGGUUGGACCGAGUGGAACGAGAGCUCAGAUUUCCAGGAGGAGGGUGAGCAAAUGGCAAUGGAGCAGGCAGCCGAUCGAGUCUACAUGGCAGCCCGCCUUUUCGUGUAUCUUUUCAACCAGCGGGGGGCGUCCUUGCAGCAGCGCAUCCUGGAACUGCUCUCUGUGGCUGAUGCUGCAGAUGAAUUCCACAAGAAGACGGUGUCGGCCGCUGUGGGCGGAGGCGUGGCCAGCGUGGCAGGCAGUGUGGCAACAAUUACCGGCCUGAUUCUGGCCCCAUUCACAUUCGGAGCGUCGAUCAUCGUCACUGCGGUGGGGAUCAGCGUGGCGACGGCUGGCAGCAUCACGUCGGCGACAGCCAACAUCACUGACACUGUGCACUCCAACAUGGACCGUAAGAAGGUAGAGAAGAUGAUCCAGGGCUACCAGGAGGAGAUCCAAGACAUUAGGAAAUGCAUGGAGUUUGUGCAGGAAGGCAUGGACACCCUGCAGGAGUGGGAUUUUGAGAAAUACUCCCAAAGUGCUGCCAAGAAGGCUCUGAGCCACAACAUUAAGCAUGUGAUGAAAGAGGGAGGCCGAGCUGGAAAAGCCCUGAUGAUCAACACCGAUAAGCUCAUCAGCACCGUGCAGGUUUUGGGCGCCGCUGGUGGUGCCGCUAAAGCCGCCCAGGCAAUCAGCAUCACCACGGGCGUCAUGUCCGCCCUCUUCCUGGCCCUGGACGUUUUCUUCCUCGCCAAAGACUCCCACGAGCUCCGCAAGGGAGCCAAAACCAAGUUCGCUGGUAAGAUCAGGCAGGUGUGCAAGGACCUUCAGGACGGUCUGCUGGAGCUGAACAAGGUGAAGACGCAACUGCAGAAGACCAUGGACGGCAUCGAGGUGGAGGAGUACGAGGAGAUCCAGGAGGUUGAGGUGGAGGUGGAGGACGAGUUGGAGUCCGACCCGAAGAAGCUGGCAGAGCUGGAGCAGGAGAUCGACUUCCUUGAAGAGAAACUGGACAAAAAAGAGGACAAGAAGGAGGACUUGGAGCUGAAGAAGAGCAAAGAGACACUGUUGGACAUCUUCAAAAUAAAGGAGAAAAAGGAUGAGAAGAGCAUAAAGGAAAAAGGAGAAGUCGAGGAAAAGGAGGAAAAAGACAAAGGCGAGAAGAUGUCUGAGUCCAAAUCUGAGAAGAAAAAGGUAAAUGAAAUGAGCGUGAAAACAGUGAAAGAAGUUUUAAAAGAACAAUUUGAGAAAGGAAGCAAGAAAGAGUAAGAAACAGAGAAUCAGACGACAGCUGGAAAAGAAAAGAAACCUGAGAAAAACUUCAAAAAGCCUAAAGCAGAAACAAAUAAAAUACCAGAAAACCAAAUUAAGGCUGAAAAGGAGAAGAAAGAAACAACAAUCGGAUCAGGUUGUUCUGAAAUAGACAAACGUUUCAGUCCACAUGGAGAGGAGGAGAAAUCCGAGAGGAAAACUGAGAGGAGGAGCAGGGAGGAUGAAGGAAGGAUUAGUCAAGGUGAUGGAAAGAGGAUCAUCCCUGGAAGAAAGAUUUACAUCAAAGCCACACAGAAGGAGAGCCUCAGAGGGAGAACAAGAAGAGCCACCACAGCGAGGAACACGAGGAGGAGAGAGGAGACGGAGCAGCAAAGUGGAGAGCGCCAGGAAGCGGUUCGAGAGAGCAGCAGGAGAUCAGCAAGAGGAGGAGGAGAGGAGGAAAGAGAAGGGAGAGAGUUGGGGAGGAGAAGAAGUGAUAUGGAGCACGGAUACAGCCAGAGAGGAUCCCAGUCCUGAAGUUCUGAAGCACAAGGGACUGAAUAUCUGAGGCUUCACGUGACCUCUCUGAUGAUAGAACCAGAGUUUAUCCUCUGAGAUCCACAAGGGCGUUCUACUCAGAUAUGAUCACACAAAACCCAGUUCACACUGUGAAAUUAUGCAGAAAGGGUCUCCACCAGAGGAGAAGCAGGGUCGUCUGUUUUUGUGACCAAAGGUUACUUUAAAAUCAGUUCAUAAAAAAAUAUCCACAACUCUCUAAGACUGAGAAAGGCUUCUGCAGAUCCUUAUGGUCCAGCACCACCUUCAGGUUUUCCUCAAACAUAAACUGCCCUAAAAAGGCACCUUUCUGUGCUUUAUUACAUAAACUAUAUAUUGUGUUGGUAGACUGACAGUAAAAAGUACAGACACUGUCUUCAGUGUCUCUCUGUGAAUGUAAAAGUGGUAAAUGGAGGGUUUUCCUUCCUCGUGACCUCGUGUUAGUCAAUUUUAAGAAUCAGCACAAAUGAGAUUGUUUAAUGUCCUUUUGCUGGAAUCUGCUUCAGAGAUGAAUUAAACCAAACCAUUUUAAUAAUUAUCACUGUUGUUAGCCUCUGUUAGCCUUCGUUUUACAAUAACUAAGGCAGGGUAUGAUGCGGCUACGCAUGCGUACGCGUCUGUUUCUAAAAUCAAUCAUGUUCUCCACUCCUCUGUGAACACAUGAGUUUUGUUUUCUGAAGAAAAACCUAACAAGUUAUCUGUGAAAACAUCUCCAAUUAUUACGUGUUCAAAACAUUUAACGUCUGUGUGGGAAACAUGGUGUCUGUUACUGUCGGAUAUCGCUGCCGUUUUUGGGGCAGAAAUAUUUAAGUGCCUUAUUUGUUAAAAAAAAUGCUGCUUGUUGUAUCAUCUAUUUGUUUUUUGUAUAUUUUUAUUCACUAUGUUGUUUCUGCUGUUUUAUAUGUACACUGUAUGAUUUUAUACAUGCGCUUUCUAUUAUGUAUUGUAUAAUUAAGUAUUGAACGUUUAUUUGAGGAAUGAUCUCAUGUUGAAAUAUUUUGGUCGGAUUUGCAAAGUUUCCAUACAAAGAAAAUUGUAAAGAAUAUUGUAUUUUCAAAAUUUUAAAUAUUGCUUGUCUUUUACAAUUCCACCUUUUGUUUAGAAAGAAAUAUAUAUAAUCAGUCUUAUUAUUAUUAUUUUUCUAGCAAAACAUUAUGUUCACAAGAUGAAAUGGAGUAAAAAUAUUCCCUUCUGUAAUAAUGUAAAAAACUUAAUUUAAUUAAACUUGGAAAAUGUCAUUUUUAUCUCAUAA